AUGAGAAUUCGUUUGUUAGAUCCUUUGGGAAUUCAGGGUCGUCGAGUUUUGAAUGAAACGGACGGGCUUGGAAAAGGCGACUCUGUUUGGGUUCGAGAGAUCGUCAACGAGCAGUACGCGCUUGGGGUCGUAUCAGCUAGAACUGACGGAACUCCACGCUCGGUCCAGUUCACUCUCAAACAGGCUGGACUCAAAGACAUCGGCAACGGACUCUAUACCUGCGUCGACUUGUUUGACUCGUCGGUUCCUCUCGAGAUGUGGAACAUGACAGACAUCAUCACGCUCUACGUCGAUCCCGACUCGAUUAUAAUGUACCGUUGCUCGCCGCCAGGACAGUAG